AUGGUAUUCCAUCGCGUCAGCAAAUUCUUUCGAAAGGGUGAUAAUGAGGUGCUCUAUGAGCCUAUAGAAACACCUUACGAAGUCUUACAUGAUGACAACGAUGUUCGCCGACCUAUACUAGUUUUGCCAGAUGAGCCGCGUCCUGAGUGUCAACAAUUCUCAUGGCUCGAUUAUACCGUUUUCAUGUUACUGGGCAUAGCUAUGCUUUGGGCUUGGAAUAUGUUCUUAGCAGCCGCUCCUUACUUUCAAAAUAGAUUCGCCGAAGAUAAGGCUAUUCUAUCUCGAUUUCAGGCGGCUAUCACAUCUAUCAGUUGUAUAACCAGCCUCUUCUGCAUGCUUAUCCUCACAAAUAUGCAAUCCAAGGCAAACUACCUUGGAAGAAUUAUACUCGCAUUGUUUCUAAGCCUGGUAGUUUUUAGUCUGCUCUCUAUCUCGACGUCACAUUUCAAGCAGACCUCCCCUACGUCAUAUCUAGUUUUCACUUUAAUUAUGGUAUUCUUCACGGCAUAUGCAUCCUCCCUAUGCCAAAAUGGUUCAUUUGCAUAUGCCUCUAGCUUUGGGCGACCGGAGUAUAUACAAGCGAUCAUGACUGGUCAAGCUAUAGCAGGAGUCCUACCAGCCGUUGCUCAAAUCGUCUCAGUGCUCAGCGCUGAAGAUCCAGACAAAUCAGCAUCUGACUUGGUUAGAGCUAAAACUUUGAGUGAUGAGAGCGCUACAGCAGCAUUUACAUAUUUUAUGACGGCUGCUGGCGUUAGCAUAUUCACAUUUCUAGCCGUCUUCUUGCUGGUCUUGAAACAGAACCGAAUCCUCAGACGUUCACUUAAAUGCGCUUUUACUAACUUUGGAGAUACUAAUAUGACAAAGCGAAAGCCUGUCAGCAUGUUGGCGCUUUAUAAAAAGCUUCCAUGGCUAUCUGCAGCCGUAUUCAUAUGUCUAGCUGUGACAAUGUUUUUCCCUGUUUUUACGGAAAGAAUAACCUCUGUCAGAACAAACGAGGACUCACGUCUAUUUCGCCCUGAUGCCUUCAUUCCACUGGGAUUUCUUGCAUGGAAUAUAGGCGACUUGGUAGGACGUUUAUUGACUUUAGGUCCAUUCAGCAUCCGUCGUAUUAGUCCUAUCAUCCUUUUUGUCCUCGCUUGCCUUCGGGUCAUCUUCAUACCACUCUAUCUCCUCUGCAAUGUUGGAGGUAGGGAUGCUAUAAUUAAAAGCGACGCUUUUUACCUUUUUGUGGUAUCAGGAGGCUUCGGCCUAACAAAUGGAUGGCUAUGCAGUGUAUGUUUGAUGAGUACCGGGUAUUAUGUAGAAGAAGGAGAACGCGAAGCAGCUGGUGGAUUUAUGAUUGUUAAUCUACUAGCAGGGUUGAUGGCUGGCUCCCUACUUAGCUUUACGGUUUCCGGUGUAGGAACUUAA